UUAUUUUCUCAGCUUGUAAAUAACAUUUUAACCCUUACCUAUGAUAACAAGACCCAAUUCAAUUUUUCGUCAAUAAUUAUCCUCGAGAAAAACAACAAUAUUUAUCUCUUGGAAUAGCAACAAAUUCAUAUAAAAAGAAGAAUUUCCUUUAACAAAGACAUAGUAGUAUUCAGUACAUCACUUGAAGCAUUACUAUAAUAGAGCAUCAAGAUGAAAGUCUUCGUUUUGCUGGGUUUGGUUGCCUUAGCCCAAUCUGUACCUUUUAGGUACGAUUUCAGCUCAAGAUUGGGCAAAAUUGGAUGGAAUCCUUCAUGGUCUGACCAAGAACGUUCCUGGGAAACUUCUGACUACAAAUUGAGAGACUCGUGUGGUCCAUUGUGUGAUUUAUCAAGAAGAAACUUUGUAGAAUCCCCUUUUUAUGGGACUACUCCCAGUUGGAGGCUAAAAUCUGACAUUUCUGGCCGUUUGUAUGGAGGAAUUGACUCUUGUGGACCAUGGUGUGAUGUAACAAGAAGAAACUUCGUAGAAUCACCUUACAGGCUUGACUUUUAUGGUACCAAUCCAUCUUGGAAGCUAAGAUCUGACAUUUCUGGUCGUUUGAAUGGAGGAAUUGACUCUUGUGGAUCAUGGUGUGAUAUAACAAGAAGGAACCUCGUACAAUCUCCUUACAGGCUUGACUUUUAUGGUACCACACCCAGUUGGAGGCUAAGAUCUGACGUUUUUGGAGGUGUCGAAACCAGAAAACCUCUAGCUGAAGAUUUAUCAAGAAGAAUCGUUAAAGAAGUUAUAGCUGAUAGAAACUCAAAAAUCGAAGAAGGUAUUCUUGACUUAGCUAGAGCACAACGACUUGAAGAAUCCAGAAGGGACUUCAAAUCAGGAAGAGCUCUUGAAGGUGUCAAGGAAGAAUUGAAGGAAAAACAGUCUAGGUUAGAUCUUGAGAAUCUGAGACGUGCUGAGCAGUUCAAAGAUACCAUUGAGGUUGCCAUUGAAGCUCAGUUAGCUAGUGACAGAGUUGACAAAUUGGAAGGAAGAAAUACCAAGACAUCGGCUCAAGAGAAUGAAGUUUUUGAAGCUAGGCUUCGUAAAUUGAUUGACAGGUGUACCAUUGCUGAAAUUCAAGGAGAAAUCACGAAACAACAGAAAAACAUCAGGCAACUCGACGAACAGGAAAUCUUCUUGGAUGAACAAAAACAGCAGUUGGAAGCUCAGAAAACCAUACUCAGAGAAAGGGGUCAGGUAGGGCAAGCUGAGGAGCUCAGAGCAGCUGAACAAAGAAUCAGAGAAGAAGAAAGACGUCUUACUUCCGAGAAAAACGCUAGAUUUUUGGUAAUCAGACUGUUGAGAAGAGCCCUCUACGAACAGGAGAGCAGACUACAAAGAGACUCUUGGACUCGGGAUGCUAGGGAAGAGAUUGCUGAUCAGAGAAGAGAUUUUGGAAGAUCUUCAUGGGGUUCAGACAGAUGGAAUCCUCUGAACUCAUGGGGUACUGGCUAUUCUGGACUCAGAUACGCUUAAUGAGAGUGUUAUUUUGAUAUUUUGUAAUCGAAUUAAUGUAUUAGUGUUAAAUAAAGAAUGAGCAAGAAUAUAAAA